AUGUCUUUAAAUUCACCUGCACUUUUACAUGACGAAAACUCUCAAGGACCAAAAGGAAAUACUGAAUGUUUGGAAGGUCUGGAAUUGCAGACUCCAGCCUCGUUUCAAGAUAACCCACUUCAGCAAUUGCAGUUAGCAUCACAGGAAGUACUGGAAAAGGCGAAAAGGAGCGGGAGAUCAAAAUGCCCCCGAUGCAGCAGCUCAAGGAUGUUUUAUUGUUAUACAUGCUUUGUUCCGGUUGAAACCGUCCCUACCAAAGAAAUUCCGACUGUGAAGCUACCUUUGAAGAUUGACAUUAUUAAACACCCGAAUGAAACGGAUGGCAAAAGCACUGCUGUGCACGCUAAGCUCCUGGCACCUGACGAUGUUACAAUUUAUAAAUACCCUUGCAUUCCAGAGUAUGAAGAAAAAAGACAUGAAAUAGCACUUAUCUUUCCUGGCCCCAAUUCGGUGGCAGUAAAAGAUAUUGCUUCCCAUCUCCAGAAAUACAGUAAGAAGGGUGUUUGUGGUAAUCACGAUGACUGCUCCGGAGAGCCGUUUCUUAAGCAGGCAAAAAUAGAACCUAAAGAAGAAACAAAUCUAAACGAAUGUGUCUCAAGCAACAGGAAUGAAGGCACCAGCCUGAAGAAGAUAAUAUUUAUUGACAGUACGUGGAAUCAGACUAACAAAAUAAUAACUGAUGAACGACUUCAAGGGUUGCUGCAAAUUGAGUUGAAGACGAGGAAAACUUGCUUUUGGCGUCACCAGAAGGGAAAGCCAGAUACUUACCUUUCCACAAUAGAAGCGAUUUAUUAUUUCCUUGUGGACUAUCAUCAGGAGGUUCUGAAAGAGACGUACCAAGGACAAUAUGAUAAUCUCCUUUUUUUCUUUUCAUUUAUGUACACGUUGAUUAAAAAUGCCAAGUGUUGUGCAGGAAAAGAGUAAGAUACCUGUCUAGAGGUAAGUUUCACUACACUGUAAUCUGUUUCUUUUGUAAUGAUAA